GUUUGUUCGGGUUGAUCUUGGUCGACAGAGCUGCUGCUUCGCCUCGCCUCGUCAGCUCCUCGCCAAGCGAUCGGUCCAUAUUCCCGCUCCUCGGCCGCUUCGCGACAAUCGACCGCUUCUGCCAACCUGCGUCACAGCUUGCUUGGCGUCCCCCAGAUCACCCUUUCUCUCAAGUCAGCAGCAGCGAUGGCUGGGUCCAACGAGAAUCUCUCACCCGAGCAGAUGAAGCGCAUCGCCGAGAAUCGCCAGGCCGCCAUGGAGAGACUGGUUCAGAAGGGACAUGGUCCCAAACCAUCUGCGUCUGUGGCGAAAUCACCCGGCCCCGCCCAGCGCACUAUCACGUCCUACUUUUCGCCUCCCAAGGCCACGGCUGCUCCGGCGGCUGCUCCGGCAAAGGCUCGCGCAUUGGCCAGCACCCAUGCCGGUGCCAGUGUCUCAACAGCCGUCUCAUUUGCGGCGAGCACGGCAUCCGCUUCGUUCAAACCAAAGCCCCAAGCCGAGGCCUUUUCCAAUAGUAUGCCUGUCACGCCAACCAAAAGCAGUGCCGCAGCCCCCGCGAUCAUCAUGAUGGACGAUGACGACGAUAUGCUGGAUCCGCGGCUCGAGGAAGAAAUGAUGAGGAUCGAGCAGGAGAUGGCGGUCGAGUCUGCCCGCCCUUCUGUCGAGGCUGGAUUCCAAACGGAAGUGCUCCUCUCCCCACGUCGGCGCUCGGCCACCAAGCGUUUGCGUAACACGGAGUCCUCCGACGAGGAAGAUGGCGAUGCUGCCCCGGUGACGCCCGUCAAAAAGCCCAAGGGUCGGCUGAUCAAGCCGAGACGCAACGCCGACGACGGCGACGACGGCGACUUUGAGCCAAAUGCAGCAGAGAGCUCAGAGAGCGAUGGGCUUGAGGACUUUGUCGUUGAAGAGACGGAAGAGCAAUCUGCACAGCUCGACGACGACGACGAUGACGGCGGCUACGACGAUCGCUUGAAAACUCCAAAGCGCAAGAAACAGGCACGUUCUACUGGGUCUGCCAAGUUAUCGAGCCCUUCUCCCGCAGCCGCAAAGUUCCAGUCCUAUGAGUUCUCGCCUGCUUCUUCCAGACCCCAAAGCCCGCGUCUGACAACACCGGCCGAAAAAUCCAAGAUGCGCCAAGAGGAGUUUAAGAAGAAGAACGAAGAGCGUUUCUCUUGGCUCGUUGAUAUUCGCGACAAGAUGGGUCGUCGAUCGGACGACCCAGAGUACGAUGCACGAACGCUGUUCAUCCCUGCAUCUGCUCAGGCCAAAUUUACUCCAUUCGAGAAGCAGUUUUGGGAAAUCAAGUCUGAGCACUGGGACACGGUCGUAUUCUUCAAGAAGGGAAAGUUUUAUGAGCUAUACGAGAAGGAUGCAGAUAUCGGGCACCAAGACUUUGACUUGAAGCUAACAGAUCGCGUGAACAUGCGGAUGGUUGGCGUUCCCGAGUCGAGCUUCGAGCACUGGGCAUCGCAGUUUAUCGCCAAGGGAUACAAGGUCGCUAAAGUCGACCAGAUGGAGUCGGCCAUCGGCAAGUCGAUUCGAGAAAAGAAGGAGCAAACCCGCGCAUCAAAGGAAGAUAAGAUUAUCCGCCGCGAGCUGACUUCCAUUCUGACCUGUGGCACGCUGGUCGAUGGCAAGUUUUUGACCGCGGACAUGAGCACAUACUGCAUGAGCAUCAAGGAGUCUGUUGAAUCCGAGGCUUCCCCACCGACCUUUGGCAUUGCUUUUGUCGACACGGCCACGGCCGAGUUCAACAUCUGCGAGUUUGCCGACGAUAUCGAGAGGACUAAAUUCGAAACGCUGCUGAUGCAGAUCAAGCCCAAGGAGCUGGUCCUUGAAAAGGGCCAUCUAUCCCAGCGGUCGCUGCGUCUUGUUAAGAAUAUCUUGAGCAGCCCACAGCUCAACUAUUUAGUUCCCGACACGGAGUUCUGGGACUCGGCAGUCACCCGCGACGAGCUCAGCUCGGAUGGCUACUUCAAAGAUGGCAACAGUAUGGAAACAAACACAAAUGAAUCAUGGCCGGAGGCUCUGAGAGAGUAUCAGGACCAUAACAUGGCUCUAUCUGCUCUUGGCGGUCUAUUGUUCUACCUGCGCUCUCUCAAAUUGGACAAGCAGCUUGUCUCGGUCAAGAACUUUCACGUGUAUGACCCCAUUCGGCAAUCCGGCACCUUGAUUUUGGAUGGACAGACGCUUUUGAAUCUGGAAAUAUUUGAAAACUCUCUGGACGGUUCCGGGGACGGAACGCUCUUCCAGUUGCUGAAUCGGUGUGUCACCCCAUUCGGAAAGCGCCUCUUCAAAAGAUGGGUGUGCCACCCCCUGCGCUCUGUCGACAACAUCAACGAUCGACUCAAUGCCGUUGACGAUUUUACCAACUUGGGUGGACUCCGAGAAAUCUUGCAAGCGAAGCUGAGCAAGUUUCCAGAUCUUGAGCGCAUCAUUUCACGCAUCCAUGCCGGCACUUGUCGUGUCAAGGAGUUCGUUCGUGCCCUCAAUGCUUUCGAGGAGAUUGCCUCCAUCGUCGAUGACUUUGCUGUCCACCUGGACGAACUAACGUCGCGACGGCUAAUCCACAUUGCCCAGCACGGUCUUCCGGAGGAGCUGCGCGAAUCGCUUGCAUACUUCCGCAGCGCAUUUGAUCACGCCCUGGCACUGAAAGAAGAUAAGCUGCUGCCAUUCCCGGGCGGCGACGAAGAAUACGAUACAGCACAGAAGCGCGUCAAAGACCUUGAGACUCGAUUUGCCGACUAUAAGCGCUCGAUGGAGUCGAACCUGAGGACCAAGAUCGUGUACAAGGACCUUGGAAAGGAGAUUUAUCAAAUGGAAAUCUCCAACAAAGUCAAGGUCCCCAACGACUGGGUAGUCAUGUCUCGAACUCAGGCUGUUCAUCGAUACUACAACCCCACCAUCCGCGAUAUGGUGAAGCGCUUUGACGAAGCGGUCGAAAUGCGCGAAGAAGCAUUCCGCAAUAUCAAGGGGCGAAUGUACAGCCGAUUUGACGAGCACUAUGCGGCCUGGCUACAGACGAUCAAAAACAUAUCGGAGCUCGACGGUCUGAUCGGCCUCUCGCUGUGUCGUGCGACCAUGGGAGAGCCACUUUGCCGCCCUGAGUUUGUCCCAGGUGACACGCCAAGUGUUCUGGAACUCGAGCAGAUGCGUCACCCGUGCAUCACGAGGGGAUCCGGAACGGACUUUAUUCCCAACGACACGACGCUUGGAGGGGGAGCUGGCAAGCACGACAUUAUCCUUCUGACCGGACCAAACAUGGGAGGAAAAUCGACUCUGCUGCGCCAGACUUGUAUUGCCGUCAUCAUGGCACAGAUUGGCUGCUAUGUCCCCGCGGCCUCGUGCAAGCUCACGCCUUUUGACCGGAUUUUUACUCGCAUCGGCGCAAACGACAACAUCAUGGCUGGCCAAUCCACAUUUAUGGUGGAGCUGUCUGAGACCUCGAAGAUUCUUCGUGAAGCAACACCUCGCUCCUUGGUCAUUCUGGACGAGCUGGGCCGCGGAACAAGCACGUUUGAUGGCUAUGCCAUUGCUUUCUCUGUUCUCCACUACCUCACGACACACGUGCGGUGCCUGGGCCUCUUCAGCACGCACUAUGGCAUGCUCACGGAAGAGUUCAAGAGUAAUCCACUUGUCGGGCUCAUGUUUAUGAACUUUUACUCGGACGACAACAAACGGGAGGUGACGUUCCUCUACAAACUGACAAAGGGCGUGUGUCCCAAGAGCUUUGGCAUGAAUGUCGCCAGCAUGGCCGGCGUCCCUGAGGAGAUUAUCGCUACAGCCGAGGAGGUUGCCGCCGAAUUUGAGCGCGAACAAAAGACCAGGCAGAUCAACGGAGUCGGUCUCCAUGGCCAACUCAGCCUGACUCGCCAGAGCGAUUUUUGCUAUCUGCUUGCCGGUUCCCGGAACAACCAGAGCUCGAUUUCCAGAGCGAUCUGGCGCAGUCUCCAGCACGCUAUCCAGUGAUUCGCCGAACUGACUCUCCAGGACGCCUCUGGAGCAACCCACAUCAUCCGAGGCAGAGACUCGCUUUUUGCCGAGCGGCGCUGAUCGUUAGCGGUCGAUCUGCUUUCCAAAAUUGUAUUGGCCAUGAACCCUUGACGGCAAGUUCUUGGGCAGGACGAAACCCCGAAUACAUCAUGGCCUCGGUCUAUAUUACAGGCAAUCCAAUAAAAAACGGGACACCCGGGUUUUUGACCAUUCAUCGAAUA